ACUGAUACGGUGCGUUUCACGAGCAAAGCACAAGAACAAACAAACGCAAGUUUCCAGUUGAAGGGGUUCGAUCGAAAAUCACUCGCGCUAGGGUUUGUUCUCUCGGAAGCCAUGGGAGGUGAGGAGAAGCGCCACCAAAUGAUGCAGAACCUCUUCGGCGACCAAUCCGAGGAGGAGGAAGAGCUCGACGUCGAUUCCGAGCACGAAUCGAACCCCCAACUCAAUUACCCCUCCGACGAGGGAGAGGGAAUGGGAGAGCAAGAGGGAGAGGGCGAGGUGGAGGGCCAGGGGGAGGUGGAAAUCGAGAGCGAGGGAGACGGAGAAGGAGAACACGAUCGCGAAAGCGAGGGCGAGAGGGAGCAGAGCUCGCAGGAGGUGGAAGUUGGAGAGAGAGAGGAGAGUGAGGGAAGAGAUUCGGAUAGUGACGCCAAAGAUGACGGCUAUAGCCAGCGUGGCGUCACGAGUAAGCGCCGCGAUGACGUCGUUGAGAGCGGAUCUGAAAGGUCGGAGGAGAAUCAUUACGAUCACCACGAAGACGAGGAGGAAGAAGUCGACGAAGCUAGAAGCCCCAGUGUGUCGCCCAGAGAUGAAAAAGAAGAUGAGACUCGUGACUUGCAUUCGGCCCCUGAAAUUCGUGAUGUAUUUGGUGAUUUUGAUGAUGAUGAAGAAGAGGAAAUGGGGUAUGCUGUUCAGCAGGACAUCGAACAAGAUUCAAAUAGAUAUCCUGUGGAGGAGGAAGGAAGUUACGGAAAGAACCUGAGACCAGAAGAUAUACUUGCUGAUGAAGAUCAUCAGUAUGAAUCAGAGGAGGAAAACUUUGAGAUAAAAACAAAAGAGAAGCCACUUGGCCCCCCUUUAGAAUUGGAAGUUCCAUUACGACCUCCUCCAGCUCUUCCAGACAAGAUGAACAUGAUUAAAGUUUCCAAUAUUAUGGGUGUUGACCCAAAACCAUUUGAUCCUAAAACAUAUGUGGAAGAGGAUACUUUUGUAACUGAUGAAUCUGGAGCCAGAAAGCGCAUACGGUUGGAGAAUAAUAUUGUGCGUUGGAGGACUGCUAGAAAUCCUGAUGGCACAGCAUCUUAUGAAAGCAAUGCCCGCUUUGUGAGAUGGUCCGAUGGCAGCCUGCAGCUUUUAAUUGGGAAUGAAGUUCUUGACAUAUCAGUGCAAGAUGCACAGCAUGAUCAAGCGCAUCUAUUCCUUAGACACGGAAAGGGAAUCCUUCAAUCACAAGGAAGGUUAUUGAGGAAAAUGAGGUUUAUGCCAUCUUCCUUGUCUUCAAAUUCUCAUCGGCUGUUGACUGCCCUUGUUGACUCAAGGCAUAAGAAGGUUUACAAGGUUAAAAACUGCAUUACUGACAUUGAUCCUGAGAGGGAAAAAGAGGAAAAAGAGAAGGUAUAAUUAAUAAUUCAAUAAUU